AUGAAGACAGAAGUAAGAGCCCUUGAGUUCAAUAGGCCUUACUCUCAGGUCAUCAUACAGAGCAACUAUGGCUGCUUCUGUGCCAAUGCCACGCCUGAAACCCGACUAAAAUGGAUCCAGAUAAUCAGUCUCAUCCAAGAGUGUCUGUAUAAGAUGUUACCACUAUCCCAUUCCACAUAUAGUAGCCAACUGGGCCAGCAGUUGAAUCUUAGUUCAGCACUGGUGAUAGGACAGUAUUCUCCAGUGCACCUGAAGGCAACAGGCUGGCCUAAGCAUGCAGGACAGGACCAAAGAUAUCAGGCCAAGAUGAACAGGAAGACAAGACUCAAGCACAAACCGCUGGUAUCUCGUCUCCAGCUUGGACCAGAAGACACAAAAUUACCACAUAUGGUGAAAGGAAAGUUUAUUAAGCCCAAACAAGCUUCUAGUCCUGAGGAAAAUGAGCAUCCACUAUUAUUACCUGAUGGGAUUCCUUCUGACCUCCGCACAGCUGUUUACAGAGCAGAUGCUUCAAGAAAACGCAAAGUAAAAACCGAAGAAAGAAAGAUGGGUUUUGCAUAUGUUUUCUCAAAAAUACAUAAGGAAAGAGCAAAACCAGUUGUUGAUCAACGUACUGAAAUGACAGAGUGGGAUCGACGCAGGAGCUUGGAAUACUCUACGCUGAAACAUAUGACCAUAGAGAAACUUCCUAUAAUUCCUUUCCCUGGAGAUGUUAGCUAUACUGUUGAUGAAGAUGAAAAGACUGAAGAUCAAACUGUUUCGACAGAAUUAAGUUGCCAUAAAAGGACAUGCAUGAAAUUUCAGACUGGGGGUGAUCACAAAUUUGUCUGGGUAAAACAACCUCCUCCCCCUUAUGAUAAAACUGAGCCCGUUAUUGAUGAUGUGAUAUCGCAUAUUUUGAGACUGAGAGAUAAACUUGGGUGGCAGACCUCACUAUCACCAUGGGGACUUGUUGCUAAACCAGCAGAUUUAGCUAAUUUUCAGAAGUUCACAUUACCGAAAAUUUCAUUAAGGAAAGAUGACGGAGAGUAUGUAUAUUGUCUCAUAAGAAGCAGGAAUGACCCUAAAGCAAACUAUGACCCAUAUGACCUUCAAGUAGUCUCUACAAAUCUGGCUAAACAAAGUAAAGAAUAUUGGACAAUUACAGCUUCAUAUGUAUCCAAGUUUACUUCAGUGUGUGGAAAACAAGAAAUGGAAAUAACACCAGUAAUGGAGUGGUUAAAUGAAAGGCAACUUUAUUAUGCAUUACGUAGUAUAGAUAUAUGUAUUAAUUUCAGAAAGAAGAAAUAUUUUAUCAACUGGAAAAACAUUGUUAAGAAAUCAAAAAUCAAAAAGAGCAAAAUGGUGCUGUAUAAGCAACUGUUUUUUGCUGAUGAGAUAUUUCAAAGAUGUUUGCUUUAUAUCCAAGGAUUGUGUGUGGAUGCAAGUAACCUUGAGAGUCACAGAUCUUCAGAAGACAAAACUAUCCAUUUCAUAAGGAUAGACACAUCCUACACAUACACUUUGGAAGAAUUUUGUGAGAAACAGUAUCAACAGAGUCAACAGGCACUUGCUCAGAUACAAGCUUUUAAAGAUAAAGUAAUCAAAGUCAUUCGGAAUGCUUUCUUAAUGGUGGCAGAAAUGAUGGGAGCUGAACAGCUUUUUCAGCAUUUACCAGAUGAUGCCAAAGAGAAACCAAAACACUUUGAGAUAGCUGGCUGGCGUCACGUUAUGGAAUGGUUUUCUAGAUUUCUUCAGCUUGUUGACAGGAUCUUUCAAGAACUGCUUCGCAAAUUGGUCCACAAUGCUUUAAAUCAUCUUAUGGAGAUAUUUAAAGGCUCCGCUAAUAUGACCAUUUCAAAAGAGAAGACUAAUGAAGACCUUAUAAGAUGUUAUAAAAACACCAUUGAAAGAGCUAAUAGCAUAUUGACUACUGAAAAUAGAUGUCUAUGGAUACUUCAAAGCAAUAAUUUCCAGGACACUCAGGAAUCAUUGCACGGUUCAAAGGAACCUGAAACGCAACGUGAAAUUGUUACUAUCCAUGAUAUAGACAAGAUACUGGAAGAAGUGAAAAUGCAACUGAAAGGAGAGGCAGAAUAUUCACCAAUAUUUGAAGUAAAUGUAUGUCUGAGAGUUCCUUACGAAAAGGACUAUCGUAGAAAAUAUUACCAGGAUGAUGAUGAUUAUAUCCCUGGAUCAUCAUUAGAAUCUUUGAAAGAAACAUUAGAACAUGAUGAAGAUUUGAAACAUUCAUCACAACGUGACAGUGAAAAAUAUGAGGAACAAUCAGAAAAUACUGCUACACAAGAGUCAAAUACAUCCUGUAGUAAAAAUGAAAAUCUUCUUUCCUGAAAAUCUUUGGUCAACAACAACAACAAAAAUAUUGUCUUUUGCAGUUCUCCAGAAUUCUCAACAGAUAUUUAUCUAACUCCUAAUAGAAGAGAGUUUUCAAUGCAGUUGCAAGGAAUUGUGGAUGGACUUGAAAACAUUGUUGAUCAGGUUAUUCCUUUUUCUCGAGAUGCUCAGCUAUCGAUCUUCAUCGAUCAAUCUUUACAUAACAUAAUGCAGCCAUGCAUUGAUCCUGAACCAGAACAGUAUUUCGCAAAAUGGCCAAACUGUGAUCUCAUCCUAGGAACAGAUCCAGAUUACCAAAGCAAAAUUCUGACCCUUCUGGCUCUUCAGAGUUGUUCACUGGGCCGAGUAGAGAGUUACAGCAGGAACUUUAUGGAAUAUUGUAGCAUGGUCGAUAAAGCAAAGAAUACAACUGACAAGAUAUCAGCACUAAAAAGAGAGAUGUCGACGCAUGAGUUCAGAAAUAUUCUGGAAAACUAUACAGCUGAUAUAAUGGAGAUUGUAUGUAUGAUUACUCAAAGGCGCAUCUCCAUGUUUAAAGUCAAAAGUUUCAACUAUCAGACAGACUGCCUGCCCUAUUUUGAGGCUUUGCUUAAUAUAAUUCAUGUAUGUUUUUAUUCAGCUAUUGAUGCAAAGAAUCAACAUCUUGUAGAAGUUACCAGGACAGCAGUCGCAAAGUUGAGCAAAGAACUAGUAACAGUGGAUGGAUUCAUUGAGCAUUUGCUAUAUCUCAGUAAAAUUUCCUCACAGCUACCCAAAAUAAAAAAUCAGUUUGAAAGUCUCUCUCAGCUCUACUUCAUUGCAAAAGACUAUGACAUCUUCCUUCCACUUCAGCAACUUGCUCUCUAUCAGACUGUUGUGCGUACACUUCAGAAUCUUCAAUCGACUGUCCUUAUUUGUGAAAAAACAAAGGAUGACUAUAUUAUCAAAUUCAAUGAAGGCUUGGGAGAAUAUGUUGACAACCUGCAGGCUGAAAUGAGGGAAUACAAAAACAAAGUAAGAAACCCUGUCCUCCUCCUCAGUGAAACAUUGCCUAAGACAGCUAAAGAGAUGAUCGAAAGCCUCAUUGAAGAAGCGGCAGUUAUUAAUGAGAAAAUAAUGACAUAUGCAAAUUACCAGGCUGUUUUUGAUAAUUCUAUUAGUGACAUGAAAUCGCUGUCACUGGAAAAGUUGUCACAUAGAGGUCAAGCAGGGGAUUCUCAGCGAGUGAACGCUGAGCUCUCUGAAAUUGAAAGUGAACUUGCUUUGCGUAAAUUAUUGUGGGAUUCACAGGAAGAGUGGGGCAAGCUUUUCUUUAAGUGGAAACACACAAUUUUUUGGAAUCUUGAUGUGGAUUUAAUUCAGAGAGAUGUUAACAGAUUCAUGCAGAUCGUACAUAUUCUAGAAAAAGGCUUGCCAGAAAACACAAUUUUACCAGCUCUGAAGAACUCAUUAAUGGAUUUUAAGGGAUUCUUGCCUAUUAUUAUAUCUUUAAGGAAUCCCUGUCUUCAGUCAAGGCACUGGGAAACAAUACAGAAUAUUGUUGGAGAGUCUGUUUCUUGGGAUAAAAGACUUACCCUGGAUAAGAUUCUGGAAAUUGAUAUUUUUCAAUGCAAAAAACAAAUAAAUGAAGUAUCUCUAACAGCUACCAAUGAAACAACUCUUGAAGUAAUGCUGAAAAAGACCAUUGCCCUUUGGCGUAAAGCUAAUUUUCGUUUAUCUCCAUAUCACACUGAAACAUCAGCUACUUUCAUUAUUUCAUCUGCUGAAGACAUAGUUGCUCUGUUAGAAGAUUCUCAAGUGACAAUUUCAACAAUUAAAGGUUCUUGUUUUGUUGGACCAAUUAAGAGUCUUGUGGAUGCUUGGGAUCAUAAGUUAAACCUCUUUUUUUGUACUCUGGAGGAAUGGUUGACUUGUCAAAGGAAUUGGAUUUACCUUGAGCCAAUCUUUUGUGCACCAGAAAUAAAAAGGCAGCUUCCUGAAGAAGCAAAUAAUUUCACUCACGUUGAUAACAAAUGGAAAGAGUUAAUGAAACAUACAGAAGAGAAUCCAAAUGCUCUUAAGGCCACUACAACUGCAGGGGUUUUUGAAAUGCUUCAGAGCAACAAUGCGUACCUGGAAAAGAUACAGAAGGCUCUUGAGGACUACCUUGAAGUUAAGCGUAUGCUUUUCCCAAGAUUUUAUUUUCUCAGCAAUGCUGAACUUCUGGACAUACUAGCUGAAAGCAAAAAUCCUGAUGCUGUGCAGCCACAUCUUGUCAAAUGUUUUGCAAAUAUAAAGAAGUUAUAUAUACGCCCACAAGAACAGAGACCCCCGGUGAUUUUAAUGAUCAGGUCGGCAGAAGGAGAGAUUCUUCUAGUGCCAAAGGGCAUUCGUAUUAGAGGUCCUGUGGAACAGUGGCUAGGAAAUGUUGAGAGUACCAUGUAUGAUAUGGUGAAAAAAUUUAUAACAGUUGGAGUGGGAGAAUGGCAUCAAAUGGAAUUUAAAGAAUGGUUUUUUACUCAUCCAGGACAGGUGGUUCUACUUGUGAGUCAAAUAAUGUUCACAGAGGAAUGUGAAUCAAAUUUGCGAAGUUAUAAUCCCCAAAAGGAGUUGAUAGCAAGCCGUGAUGACCUAAUCAGCCUUCUAGAGCAACUUGCAGAGAUAGCAUCAAACGUUCUUCCCUACCAUAAACAAAGUGCAUUGGAGGCAUUGGUUACUUUGUUCAUCCACUGCAGGGAUGUGCUAACUACAUUGAUAGAUCACGAGAUUUGUAACGUUGAAGAUUUUGAAUGGACAAGGCAGUUGCGUUAUGAAUGGCAUGAACUCACCCCCUGUAGGGUUAUUCAAGGUUAUGCCUCCUUUGAGUAUGGUUAUGAAUACUUGGGUUGUUCUCCAAGAUUGGUUAUCACUCCACUCACAGAUCGAUGUUGGUUAACCAUCACUGGAGCUCUACAGCUGAAUCUAGGAGGCUGUCUUGCUGGUCCAGCUGGUACAGGAAAAACAGAGACAGUCAAAGAUCUAGCAAAAGUCAUGGGAAAACUUUGUCUUUCCUUUAACUGUUCUGAAGGUUUGGAUGAUAAGGUGAUCGGAAAAUAUUUCUGUGGACUAGUUCAGUCUGGAACAUGGUGUUGUUUUGAUGAAUUCAACCGGAUUGAUAUAGAAGUCCUUUCUGCAAUUGCGUCACAGAUUCAGGCAAUCAAGGCAGCUAAAGAUAGCAACACUGUCAGAUUUAUACUGGAAGGAAAAGAAAUCCGUCUGAAACAAUCCUGUGCAAUCUUUAUUACCAUGAAUCCUGGAUACAAAGGUCGUGUAGAACUCCCAGACAACUUAAAAUCAUUAUUUCGCCCUGUCUCAAUGAUGGUUCCAGACUAUGAACUCAUUGCUGAAAUAAUGUUGUUUUCAGAAGGUUUCAAAUCUGCAAAAUCACUGUCAGGGAAGAUAGUAAAUCUUUAUCAUCUUUCUAGCAAGCAACUGUCACAGCAGGAUCAUUAUGAUUUUGGCAUGAGAGCCAUCAAAACUGUGUUGUUAAGGGCCGGUCAUAAGAGACAAGAGUUAAAAACACAAAAUAAAAAUAAAAAGUUCUCUGCACUGGAAGAAACUCUCAUCAUAAUCAGUGUGCUGAAAGAAGUUAAUUUACCAAAGUUUCUUACUCAGGAUGUUUCACUGUUUGAGGACAUUAUAACAGAUCUGUUCCAAGAGAUGAAAGUUCCAAAAGUAAUCCCCAAGCGACUAGAGAGUGCAAUAUCUCUUGCAAUACAGCAUUUAUGUUUGCAGCCAUGGACAAGUCAGACAGAAAAGGUUGUUCAGUUUUACAACCAAAUUAUGGCUCGUGUUGGUGUGAUGCUAGUAGGCCCUACAGGUGGAGGGAAGACUACCAUUAGAACCAUUUUAGAAAAAGCCUUGAUGAUCUUACCAUUGAUGGAUAUGGGGAGUAAUAUAAAACUUGAUGUUUUUCUGAAUUCCCCAAAGAGAGGUAAAGUAGACACGUUUGUUAUAAACCCAAAGUGUGUUACCCUUGGUGAACUUUUUGGAGAGACAAAUCCUAGCACAAUGGAGUGGUCAGAUGGCCUGUUAUCUUCAGCAGUUCGAGCUUUUGCCAAACUUGCAGCCAAAAAAACUAAAAAGAAAGAACCAAGCAUUGGUAUAAAUUCUGAAAUGCAGGAUUUAUACACUCUGAACACAGUGACUAUAGCCGAUGCAGUCCUAACUGAUGAAACCCCACAAUCAACAGAAAAUACAAAUGAAGCUAUUACUGACUGGCAAUGGAUUAUCUUGGAUGGGCCGGUAGAUCCAUCUUGGAUAGAAAAUUUAAAUUCUGUGCUUGAUGACACCAGAAUGUUGUGUCUUGCUAAUGGUGAAAGGAUCUACUUAUCGCCAGGAAUCAGAAUGGUAUUUGAAGUGGACAGCCUCUCUCAGGCCAGCCCUGCUACUGUUAGUAGAUGUGCCAUGGUUUAUGUGGACCCAGUUGAUCUAGGAUGGGAGCCAUAUGUCAAAACAUGGUUAGAAGGCUUUUCCGAAAUAAUAGCACAGAAUGAUAUGGAAUACCUUGAAAGUUUAUUUCACUCAAGUAUAAACAGAGGGAUGGACUUUUUGAAUAAGCAUAAGAGAAUGCAAACAUUUCCUGUACAUGAGAUGGGAAUUGUAAUGAAUAUUUGCAGAAUUAUUGGUUCAUUUAUGAACAUAAUGCAACAAAAUGGUCAAUUACAAAUGAGUAAUAAAAGAAGACGAAGCACAGUGAGUUUCUCAACAGUGAUCGAGAGCAGUGGUCCGCGGUUUUCAAGUGCACUCAGUGGAGUGGUCCCAUCAAUAAUGAAGAAAAGGGGGAAAUCGCGAUGGUUUUGGGAGAAGCAACCUAAUAAACUAAUGGUAUUGCUAGGGAAACUGUUCAUAUUUGCAUUUACGUGGGCUGUUGGAGGAAUUUUAAGACGGGAGGAAGAGCAUGAGGGCGAGACUCUAAUUGGUAUAAACACCAGCCAUGAUGAUCUUGCAAAUGUAACGCGUGACUUCAAUUACCUUGUUCAUGAAAUGUUUGAAAGAAAGCCCCCUGCUAAUAUUCAGAUUCCAUCUGGAGACAAAACUGUUUUUGAUUAUUUUGUGGAUUUACAAACAGGAGAAUUUGAACCAUGGGGACAUUUAGUUCCUAGUACACAGCUUCUUAUUCAAAAGGAGACUUCAGACCUUUCAGAUUCUGAAAAAACAGUGGCAGAAAACCAAGAAAGGAAAAUGGAGAUCUCUACAUUUGUUCCCAAUAUUGAUACAAUUCGGCACAGUUUCUUAACAAGCCUUCUUUUACUGAAUAAGGAGCCAGUACUGAUUAUAGGGGACUCUGGUAGUGGGAAGACUGCUAUGAUUGAGAACAUGCUUGCGAGACUUCAGAAACAAGGAGGAUUACUUAUGAAAAAGGGAACAAUUUUGGGAGAGGUAUUUUAUUACAGUGAAACUUCAAAAGCAAGCUUUUUGAAGACUUUCAGUUACUUCAGAACUGAUACAUUUCGUAGUUCUUUGAAACCAUCGCGGACUUCAGCUAAAGAAUUGGUUUCAGCUCUGAGCUCGCCAAGAGAGGAGCUGGAUCUAGAAGGGUCAUCUUCAGAAAGUAGAAAAACUGCUGUUAUUUCGACACUACAGUUGGGUGCCCAUACCAGUGCUGCACAAGCAAAGGCUUGGAUUCUUCAGAAAUUAAUACUGAAAAGUAAAGACAUCCUGGGUGCCCCACAUUCUAAACAGGUGUUACUCUUUAUUGAUGAUCUGAAUUUGCCAGUACCAGAAGAGUAUGGGUCUCAGCCACCACUCGAGCUAAUCCGGCAGUUUCUAGAUUUGGGAGGAUUUUAUGAUACUCGGCAGCGUGAAUGGAAGAAUAUCCAGGACAUUGCUUUGGUUGCAACUUGUACACCUCCUAGUGAAGGAAGUAAUGAAAUUAGUGCUCGUCUUCUGACACAUUUUUGCACUUUAGUUUUGCCUGCAACGUCUUUACAAUCUUUGCAACGUAUUUUCCAGGUGCGUCUGGGAAUAUACUUUCACAUCAACAGAUUCUUGGUUGAAGUUCAGAAAUGCAAGGACUACUUAACAUGUGCUUCUAUCGCUUUGUACUAUAGAAUGUUUCAUAAAAUGCGACCAACUCCAGCUAAAUGCCAUUACACAUUUAACCUGCGAGAUCUUUUUAAGCUACUUCAAGGAUUGCUCCAAGCCCACAAAUCUGUCAUUGUGUCAAAAGAAACAACAGCAUUGUUCUUUGUGCAUGAAUCUACCAGAGUUUUUCAUGAUCGUCUGAUUGAUUCUGCAGAAAGAGAGAUUUUCCAUCAAUUUCUUUCAAAUGAGCUCAGUAACUAUUUUAAGAUUUAUUGGUCAAAGGAGAAAUUGAUGGAGGACUCGCCCAUAUUUGUGGAUUUUAUGGAUUCAAACACACCUGUGGAAAAGAGAAUUUAUAGAAACAUCACUAAUCAGAAGCGUCUUCUUUUGGUACUAGAAGGAUACUACAUGAGAAUGCAGACAAUGCAGCCAGAGAGUACUCCCAUAGUAUUUUUCAAAGAAGCUAUACAGCAUAUCACAAGAACUGCAAGAAUUUUUCGACAAGAAGGAGGCCACAUGAUGCUUGUUGGUUUGGAUGGAAAUGGGAAAGUAACCUCGGCAUCCUUAGCCAGUUAUUUAUCUGAAUGCAGCAUCUACAAGUUAUCUAUUUCCCGCAGUUACAGCUAUGUAAAUUUUAGAGAAGACCUUAAAAACGUCUAUAAGCAGGCAGGCCUGGAAGGCAAGAGGACUGUUUUUCUCAUCACAGACUCAGACAUAAUUCAAGAGUCAUUUUUAGAAGAUCUGAGUUGUAUUCUGAAAUCAGGACAACUACCCAACUUAUUUGAGAAGGACGAAUUGGAUAAAAUUAUUGUACCACUUACAUCUGUUGCUGAAAGGGCUAAGCAUCCCAACCAAAUAGAAGAUAUCUACUCAUUCUUCUUAGAGAGAGUACGUAGCAAUCUUCAUGUAGUCUUGACAGUAAGCGCUGCAGGACAGGUCUUCCGUCAGCGUUGUCGGACAUAUCCCGCCAUUGUGAACUGCUGUACAGUUGACUGGUAUGAAAUCUGGCCUGAAGAAGCCCUUUGUCAUGUUGCAAAAAGUUUCUUUAGCCAAGAUGACAUAUUUGGAAAUGAGAAUUUCAGAAACGUGCUUGUCCACAUCUGUGUUAACAUUCACAAGAAUGUAUCUGUCAUAAUUGAGAAGUACUUGAAGGAAACUAAAAGGCACUACUAUGUCACGCCCAACAGCUACUUGGAGUUCAUAAAUGCUUUUUCAACCAUAUUGCAGUCAACAAAAGAGAAAACUCUGAACAAGAGAGCUAGCUAUCAUUCUGGUUUGACAAAAAUCCUGGAAGCAACUUCACAGAUUAUAGACAUGCAAGAAGAGUUACUUGUUCUUGGUCCUCAAAUAGAGAAAAAAUCUAAGGAAAUAGAAGAACUUGUGGAAAAGCUUCACAAAGAUGCAUUAGUAGUAGAACAAGUCCGAACUAUUGUUAAACAGGAUGAAGAAAUCAUGGUUUCAGAAACACACAUUGUGGAAGAAUAUGCCCAGCAAGUAACAGAAGAACUUAAUGUCGUGCUGCCAUCUUUAGAGAAAGCCCUUGCUGCUCUUGAUUCACUUGACAAAAGCCAUAUUGCAGAAAUUAGAGUAUAUGCUCACCCUCCUCCGCUUGUAUUAACUGUCAUGAAUGCAGUUUGCAUUCUUCUUCAAAGAAAACCUAAUUGGACAACAGCAAAGUUAUUACUGGCAGACCCUGGUUUCCUAAAGAGGUUGAUUACCCUUGACAAAGAUAAUCUACCAGAAAAGGUGUUUCUGCAGUUGAAAAAAUAUAUAAGGUCACCUGACUUCAGCCCAAUGAAAGUGGGUCUUGUCUCUAUUGCCUGUUGCUCCAUGUGUCAAUGGAUUUUAGCUUUAGAUCACUAUCAUAUUGUUAAAAAGUUUGUAGAUCCGAAACAAGCAAAGGUAGCAGAAGCAGAGGAGCUACUAAAACUUGCACAUGAAAAAUUAGCUGAAAAACAAAGAAGUUUAGUCCUGAUUGAACAACAUCAACAAAAUUUAGAAGCAAUGUAUGGGGAAAGCAUUGCUGAGCAAGAAAAGCUAGCAGCUCGAAAAGAUCAGACAACUCACCGUUUACAGAGUGCAUCUGUACUAAGCACAGCUCUGAAGGAUGAGACGGAACGCUGGAAGGAAUCUGUUAAUAAUCUUGAUCAGAGACUGCAGGGAAUUGUGGGUGAUGCCCUUGUUUCAGCAGCGUGUAUUGUCUACAGUGGAGUGUUAUCAGCAGGGUUUCGUCAACAGAUAGUGAACAAGUGUCUGGAACUCUGCAAUGAAAGCAAUAUUUCAGUAUCUCCAAAUUAUUCACUAGUAAACUGCAUGACAGAAAAAACUGAGGUCCGUAAAUGGCAAAAUGCAGGUCUGCCACUUGAUGAAUACUCUACAGAAAAUGCUAUACAUGUUAAGUACGGACAACGGUGGCCUUUGCUAAUUGAUCCAGAAAGCCAAGCUUAUGCAUGGAUAUGUCAAAUGGCAGGUAGCAAACUACGACAAAUCCAAGUUACGGAUGCCAAUUAUUUGAGAACGCUUGAAACUGCUAUACGUGUUGGUGAACCAGUCCUGCUGCAGGACGUUACUGAAAAAUUGGAUUCAAACAUGAAACCAAUCUUAAAAAAGAAAGUCUACAGCAAAGGAGGGCAAGAAUUCAUUAGAAUAGGAGAUUCUGAAAUUGAGUACAACCAGAACUUCAGAUUAUACUUAACAACACGGAAAGCCAACCCACAUUUUCUUCCAGCUGUGUGCAAUAUUGUGACGAUGAUAAAUUUCACUGUAACAUUCCAAGGUUUGCAAGAUCAGCUUUUGUCUGCUGUUGUAAUUAAGGAACAACCUGAGCUUGAACAAAAGCGUUGUGAGUUGCUGGAAAGCAUAUCUACUGACCUAGUAACGCUUCAUGAACUUGAACAAAUAUCACUUAGACUUUUGCAGAAAUCAGAAGGGCAUCUUUUGGAUGACCAAGACCUCAUUGACAAUUUGCAGAGAACAAAAAUCACUUCAACGGAGAUUUUUGAGCGUGUAGAAGCAUCGGCAGCAACGGAAGCUGCAACAACAGCAUUGUGUGAAAUCUAUCUGCCUAUUGCAACUCGUGGUGCUGUGCUCUACUUCGUAGUAUCAGAUCUUGUCUACAUCAACUAUAUGUAUCAGUUUUCACUGGAAUGGUUUCAAAAGGUUUUUACAGACUCCAUAGAUAAUAUCAGCAAACAAAAAAGUGAGACUUCUCUGAGUGCUUCAAGUUCUUCUAGGCCUGGAUCAUUUCGAGUCCAUAGGAGGCAAAGGAAACUUUCCACCAUAGAAGACAGGGAAGAAAGUGAUAGUGAGACAGACCAGUUCAAACGUCAUAUCAAUGAGAUAAUUGAGAGGCUAACACAUAAAGUUUAUAAGGUACUUAUACCUGGAUAAAUUUCACAAAUGAUUUUCGGCCAGACUUGUAUAAUGUAUUUGCAAAGUAUAGUGAAUUUUCAUUUCUUAUUCCCACAGUCGGUUUCUUCAGCCCUGUUCAGUGAACAUCAACUAUGUUUUGCUUUUCUGCUAUGCACAGCAAUCAUGAAAAAUAAUUGUGAUAUAUCCAAGGUUACUUACAACCUUGGAUUUAUAUCAGAGGAUCAAUGGAACUUCUUCCUGCACUCUAGCAUUGUGGCAAACCUUAUGGACAUACAAGACUCAGGAAAUAUUGGUUCAUGUGCAUUUAUGAAAACUCCUCCACUCCACUGGAUUACUGAAAUUAUGUGGAAAGAAUGUCAGUACAUGAGCAAACACAUGCCAGCAUUCAGUCUAUUGUGUGAUUCGCUCUCAUCAAAUUGUCAGCAAUGGAGAGCUUUUCUAAACACUCAGGAUGUAUAUUAUCUGAUUAGUACAUCUUAUAGACCUGUGCCACGACAUCAAGUUUCUUCUUUUGAAGUCAAAUUACUGAGAAAGAGUGAUGAUCAGGCCAGUACAACUUUGCAUUUUCCUUGGGAGAAACUUUCUUCAUUUGAAAGACUUAUAUUGAUUAAAGUUCUCCGGUUAGAAAAUUUAAACAGUGCAGUGCGAGCAUUUGUAAUUGAGAAAUUAGGAACCAGCUAUCUUCAAACUGGAGAAAUGAAUCUGAAAGCAGUAUAUGAAGAAUCUGAUUGCACAACUCCACUAAUUCUCAUCCACACUCAUGGCGUGGACAUUGCUUCUAUCCUGCUACGUUUUGCCCAAGAAAUAAAAGGACGUACAGAACAUUUGAGAAUGAUGUCUCUGGGACGAGGUCAAGGAAACAAAGCUGAAGAAUUGAUAUAUAAAGCACAGCUACUGAGUGGACAGUGGGCAUUCCUCCAAAAUUGUCAUCUUGCAGCUUCAUUUAUGCCUAGACUCUGCAAAAUUGUUGAUUCGUUUACCCAUGCAGAGAUAAAUAUGAACCCAGAGUUUAGACUAUGGUUAAGUUCAACACCAGAUACUUCUUUUCCUGUGCCUAUCUUGCGCAAGGGGCUAAAGAUAAUAAUAGAACCUCCCCAAGGACUAAAGGGAACAUUACUUCAAACAUUUGGGUUAAGUGGUACAGGAUUGGUAACAGAAGCUGUAUUCAACAAGACUACAUGUGGGCCGUCAUGGAAAAGGUUACUAUUUAGUCUGUGCUUCUUCAAUGCUGUAGUCCAUGAAAGAAAGAAAUAUGGAGCUUUGGGCUGGAAUAUUCCAUAUGAAUUUAACUCUUCAGAUCUAGAGAUUUCCAUCAAGAUGCUGGCGAUGCUUCUUGAGAAGCAAAAGAAGAUUCCUUGGGCGGCACUGUAUUAUUUGACUGGUGAAGUAGUAUAUGGAGGCCGUGUCACUGAUCAUUGGGAUCGUCGGUGCUUGCUUAGCAUUUUAGACCAUUUUUAUAACCCUUCUGUAUUGCAAGAAGAUUUUGCUUACUCUAGUGACUGGGUAUAUCGACCCAUAUCUCAGAAAGAUACUUUAAAAGACUGCAGAGCCUAUCUACGGUCUCUUCCAGAGGUUGACUCUCCAGAACUCUUCGGGAUGCAUCACUAUGCUGAAAUAGCAUACUUAAAAGCUCAAGCACAAAUAUUUGUCGAUUCAGUUGUCAGUACCCAGCCAGCGAUCACCACGGACACCCUUAUCAGUGGUGGAAGACGUCAGGAUGAAAUAGUACUGGAAAUAGCAUCUGACAUUCUAAUAAGGCUGCCAUUGACUGUAGAAGAUAUAGGAUGCGCAUCUGAAACUAAGGAUGACACCACAGAAAAAAUUACAUUUGGAGUCUUCAAGUCAGGCCCAGUUUGGGCUGCCCUUGUGAAAGCUGCAGAAGGUCCUGGUUCUUUUACCAAAUCAACUUUGCUAACUGUCUUGCAUCAGGAAAUAGAACAGUAUAAUAAUUUAUUGGCCAUAAUAAUUCCGUCAUUACAUGCACUUCAGCAAGGUAUCAAAGGUGAGAUUAUCUUCACCACAGGACUAGAAGAGAUUUAUAACUCAAUAUUGAAAGCCAAAGUGCCUGAACUGUGGCAGCAACAUUCCUAUAAGUCAUGUAAACCUCUGGGAUCCUGGAUUGAAGACCUCAUUAUACGAGUGAAUUUCUUUGCCAUGUGGGCUAAGCAAGUUAUCAACUUUAUGAAGUCAAGGUUUAAUUAUUUAGUGAUGCUUCAGAGGCAAACCAGAACAUCGCUUCAGACUUCUGAGGAUCCUGACUUCAUCAGUGGCACCUAUCAGGGACACCCCAGUAGCUUUUGGCUGCCAGGAUUCUUUUUUCCAAACGGAUUUCUUACUGCUGUUCUUCAGAAUUAUGCACGGCAGAAUCAAAUACCAGUGGAUUCUCUUAUUUUUGAACACAGAGUUCUUCCAUUCAUUCAGGGUGAAGAACAAGAUUUUAGAGGUUUCGACAAAAAAGGAAGCCUACUAAACAAAGCUUUUAAAGAACCUUCUCAGCAUGAAUCUGGAGUUAUAAUUUUCGGCUUACACAUAGAUGGUGCAUGGUGGAGUCCUAUUACCAAAACAUUGGAAGAACCUGAACUUCACAGAAGAUUUUAUGCACUACCAGACAUCCUUUUUUUACCACGAAAGAUGGGCCUCUUCUCAAGACCAUCUUAUUCAGAGGAGGAGGGAGAGUUGCUACAUUAUGAGUGUCCACUGUAUAGAACACCUGAAAGAUCUGGAAUCUUGUCCUCUACAGGUAUAUCAACUAACUUUAUAACAGCAGUCAAUCUACCAACUCUGAUAGUUCCUAGCCAUUGGAUAACAAGAGGAGUUGCACUGUUAUGCCAACUAGAUGACUGA